AACAGGGACAAAGAAAUAAAAUGCAGACCAUAAAAACGAUCCCAUCUCAGCCAACAGAGAGAGGGGGGAAACACAAAUAACUCAGCCCGCAGCCCUAGUAGCUUCCUUCUCUGGUCAUCGUCGGCGAAAGCCUUGGCAUCACCCUCUCUAUCUCCCGCCCGGCCGCCCAGGGUGUUAAUUUUUUAUUUUAGAAGGUUAAGUGUCUUUUGGAAUGGCAACACGGCCGGAUCCAGAUAUCGACGAUGAUUUUAGUGAGAUUUACAAGGAGUAUACUGGUCCUCCAGGCUCUACAGUCAAUAGUGCACAUGAUAUGGCAAAAAUAAAUAAAAGGUCCCAUGUGGACUCUGAUGAGGAAGAGGAAACUCCUGACCCAAAUGCUGUCCCAACUGAUUUUACGAGCCGAGAAGCAAAGUUUUGGGAAGCUAAAUCCAAGGCUACUGAGCGGAAUUGGAAGAAGAGGAAAGAGGAAGAAAUGAUUUGUAAAAUAUGUGGGGAAUCGGGUCAUUUUACUCAGGGAUGCCCCUCUACUCUUGGGGCUAAUCGCAAAUCUCAAGAUUUCUUUGAAAGGGUUGCAGCAAGGGACAAGCAUAUAAAAGCUCUAUUUACUGAGAAAGUGAUACAGGGUAUCGAGAAGGACAUAUGUUGUAAAAUCAAAAUAGAGGAGAAAUUUAUAAUUGUUAGCGGGAAGGAUAGGUUAAUUUUGGCGAAAGGUGUUGAUGCUGUGCACAAGGUGAUCAAGGGGGAGGGUGAUCAGAAGGGCUCUUCUAGUUCCCACAAGAGUAGAUCUAGGUCCCCUGAGAGAAGCCCUGUUGGUUCACGGCUGCUACACUCUGAUUCCCAAAGGUCUUAUCCAGGUCACCCACAUGAUACAUCACGAUAUCAACAGAGGUUUGGAAGACAAGAUAAGAUUAAGGGAGACCGUCGUGAGGAUCUGAAUAAAUUCUCAAGGGGUUCUCCACAAGCUUAUGGUAAUGAUGGAGGUAGAAGUCACUCAAGCCGUUCUAAAUCUCCUGCACGUCCCCUUUAUGCUGGCAACUCUUAUGGCUCACAUGAUGGUCAUGGUCAUAGCACGGCUGGUUAUAGAACUGCAGGACGGGAUAUUGAGAGGCAGGGGUCUGAUUUGCAAUCAGGCCAUCAGUUUGAUUACUCUACUUUCCCGCAGAUGUUAGAAGAACUGGAGUUAGAGUACAAGAGAGAUGCAAUGGAGCUUUCUAGAAUUCGUGACAAAGAAGAAGAUGAAGAAAAUUACAAGCAUCGUGAGACUAUCAGGGAAAUUGGAGAGAACUACGUGCAGAGAUUGGCUAUUCUAAGGGGCACACACACAAGACAGUGGGAGGAGUUUCUUGAAUGCAAUGCCCAAAUGCAUCAGCAACAACCAAGGCAGCCAAUUUCCGUGUCUGGUUUUGGUGGCCAUAAACAGCACUCUUAUUCUGAAUAUGAUGGUUCUUCAGCCAAUCCUUAUUAUGCUGGAAACAGUUUACACAUGGAUUCAAGGGCUAGGUGCUCAAAUGACAUGGAAAACUAUUCUUCAAGACCUCAUGAUACAUAUGAUGAGUUCCAGCAUCAGAGGCGCGAGGCUUUUGGGAAAGCGUACAAUCGAUACUAACUUGGUAUACUGGAACUAAAUUAGGUGAGUUGUCUCACUCUUUAAUUGAGUACAGAGAAAUAAUUCUCAUUUUUUCCCUACCUCAAAAUCUUUCUAUUUUCCCGAUCUCCUUUUCCUAAAAUUCAUGGCAAGUUUACGAGUAUGGAUGGACAUGAUGUCCAAAAGUUCAGUGUUUCACUAAAAUUAUUUAUGCACAACGCACCGAGGCUUUUUGAUAUUUAGCAGGCCUUUGUUUGGGCAAGAUCAGGAGAAGCUAGGAGGAUUGUUUUUGUGGGUAUUUGCAGAUCUUGUUAUGCUUCUCCUGCUCUAGCUUAAAGUCUGAAUACAAAAAUUUUCAGGGCCCAGAUCAUGGUCGUAGGAGUAAUGCACAGGAGUGGCCCAGACCUAGGUAAGUUUGUCAGCUAUCCUAUUGACCUCGAGAGGGGAAUGAUCCCAGUCAUCUGACACUCCUAGUAUGUCAGUAGAAUUGCUUCAAUUUCAAUUUAGUGGCUGGACUCUGUUCAAUACUUCUUUUCUAUAAGUGAGAUGUGGUAAUCAUUUUCUUAGGUAGGUCGGCUAAUGUUGGAGGUUGCCGUCUUUUGACUAGCUCAUAUUUGCAUCAAUGGACUAUAUUUUUGGCUGAUUUUUCAAUUCAGAGUACUGUGGUUUAUGGUUA